AUGGCAGGAUGUUCGGGAGAGAGAGCUUACUCUCGAGACAAGCCAACCGGGCUUGAGGAUGAUUCCUACUCAUGCACCUCCGGCUUUGACUGCCAAGACCCGACCGCACCGUGCUUCGGCGAGGAACCUACCCUCCCGGAAAAUGAGGAUGACGAUGGAUCGAUGUCCUUUGAGUUCUUGGACGAAGACGACCUACUGAACAUCGGUACCGAUGCCGUUGAAGUCGGCACCAAGACCGACGUAAGUGUAUCUGCCACCGCCCACGACACACGCCCCGGCUCGAGCAGCGGCGAUGUCGGGUGCGGAGAGGCCGGUGGUAAUGGCUGUACGCCGGCGAACACCCGUGACGGCAUCAGCAACGAGGCCGAGUCCAGGUGGUCGUGUGCCUCGAAGAUCGUGCCCGGCGGAGGGCCUUGCCAGAUCGAGUACGUGUUCGGAGAGCCCCAGGACAUAGAAGACAUCCAGGUGGCUUUCUGGAAGGGCGAUGAGCGCGUCCGUACGCUAGAGGUCUACUUCGAUGGCACCCUGUACCGCACCCACGAGUCCUACGCCGGAUCCACCUUCAACCCUCUCGGUGUCUCGGCCACCGGUAUAAGCUCGGUGAUGCUCGAGUCGGUCGAUCUGCUCGAGAACGAAUGGAUCAGUCUCAUCGAGGUGCUGAUAUUCGUUUCACCCUGA